CAAGGUAGUUCCACAGCAAUCAACAUGAAUCCUCUCGACCUAGACGAAUUCAAGAGGCAAGGUUAUAUGAUGAUUGACUCACUCGUUGAUUAUUAUCGUAAUGUGGCUAACUUCCCAGUUCUGAGCCAAGUCCAACCUGGUUACCUCCGAAAAAUGUUGCCAUCUUCUGCUCCAAGUAAACCUGAAACCUUUGAAACCAUACUCCGGGAUGUUCAAGACCACAUCGUCCCAGGAAUCACACAUUGGCAGAGUCCUAAUUACUUUGCAUACUUCCCCAGCAGUAGCAGUACCGCAGGUUUCAUGGGCGAAAUGUUAAGCACAGGGUUUGGUGUUGUCGGGUUCAAUUGGAUUUCAUCACCUGCUGCGACUGAACUUGAAAGCAUCGUCAUGGAUUGGCUUGGACAAGCUCUGAAACUCCCAGAGAGUUUUCUUUCAUCAAGUAACGUUGGAGGCGGCGUUUUGUUAGGGACAACCUGUGAGGCCAUUCUGUGCACACUUGUGGCUGCAAGAGAUGAAAAGCUUCGCCAAAUGGGGAAGGAGAAUCUAAAGAAGCUUGUUGUUUAUGGGUCUGAUCAAACUCAUAGUGCUUUUCAAAAAGCUGCUCGUGUUGCAGGAAUCCACUCAGAAAAUCUCAGGGUCAUCAAAACCAACAAGUCAAGUUCAUUUGCUUUGUCACCACAUUCACUCCGUUCUGCAAUAAUCAAGGAUGUGGAGCAUGGGCUCGUUCCUUGUUUUCUUUGUGCCACUGUGGGAACCACUGCAACUGCUGCCGUUGAUCCUAUUGGACCAUUAUGUGACGUGACAAAUGAUUAUGGCAUUUGGGUCCACGUGGAUGCUGCUUAUGCAGGUGGGGCCCUUAUUUGCCCAGAGUUUAGGCAAUUUCUUGAAGGAGUUGAAGGGGCAAAGUCGUUCAGCUUCAAUGCACACAAAUGGUUUUUCACUAACUUAUGUACUUGUUGCCUUUGGGUGAAGGAUUCUUCUUGUUUAACAAACUCCCUCUCAACAAAUCCUCAGUUCUUGAGGAACAAAGCUUCUGAAUCGAACCAAGUGAUCGACUAUAAAGAUUGGCAGAUAGCAUUAAGCAGGAAAUUCCACUCCCUCAAACUAUGGUUUGUUCUUCGUAGCUAUGGCCUGGACAACCUCAGAAGCUUCCUCAGAAGCCACGUGGAAAUGGCCAGAACUUUUGAAGACCUUGUGAAGCAGGAUAAGCGGUUUGAGGUUGCUGCACCUAGGUACUUUUCUCUUGUCUGCUUUAGAAUUUCACCAAGAACAAUCUCUAAGAAGUCCUUCUGUGGUGGUACGGAUGAUGAAGAUCCUGAGUUCUGUGGUAAAAUCAUAAAUGAUGACAGUGAAAGCCUUGCGAAUGAAGUGAACGGGAAAUUGCUGGAUUCAAUUAAUGGUUCAGGCAAAGUGUAUAUGACUCAUGGCAUGGUUGAAGGAGCUUUUGUGAUUAGAUGUGCGAUAGGUGCAACAUUAACGGAGGAACAACAUGUGAUUAUCGCGUGGAAGAUAGUUCAAGAACAAGCUAAUUCUGUGCUCUCAGUGUUUUCCAACGCAUAAUAGGGUAUUCCAAGCUACACAAUGGAAAGCAUUUACGAAGAGGCGAGCGUUAUUUGUCAGAUCAAUAGGGUCAAAUUA